AUGGCAGCUUCGCGCCAGGUGGGGCGGGAUGGCCGUCGAGUGUUGGGUGGAGAUGGCGCGCGGCCGGGGCCGCUCGAUGAUUUGGAGAACUUGCUGAAGAGCACCGAACCUUUGGGUGCUGUCCAAUCCGCCAUGCUCCGCCAGGUUUGCGCCCCUGCACUUGCGCGCCUGGGAACAAGCGCUGGGAACAAGCGUGCCCACAACUCAUCUCGGACCUGUUCGGCUGUAGACGCUCGGCCCGUUGGCUCAAGCUACGCAGCACACCCUCGACGACAUUGGCAAAAACUGUCCACAACACCUUGCAAAGCUAAUUGGCUUCGAGUACACGAAGGCCUCAUGCUUCAGGAGGUUAACCAGCAAAUGGCCGCCGAUGGCAAGGGGCUCGCCGACGAGGAUGAGGCCAGCAUCACAGCCGCACACCAUGAACUGGCCGCCAAUUUGGCCGAACUGAUGCAGCACGCCUGUGGUCCAACAUUUACACUGGCUCGCGGUGGUGUCGACGUCUCCUCAACCGAGGAAAUCAACCAGCUUGACGCCGCCAUCAACGGCUGGCGCUCUGGCAGAGUGCCCGACCGCCAACGCCGUGCAUUUCCCCCCUCGGCUCACACCCCUAACCUCUGA